AUGAUACCUUUAGAUGAACUUGAACGAGAGAUUAGAAGAUUACAACAAGAACAUUUAUUGAAGAUGUAUGAACUACAACAGAAUAUGGAAUCAUUACGUCAAGAUACAAUCAUAGAUAGAACACGAUUACAACUAGAAUUAAAUACACAACAACAACAAGCUCAACCUCAGAGUAUUGUUAUACAUCAACCACAAUGUCCUCCUAAUAUUCAACAUACACAUGUUGAGAAAGGUUGUUAUGAUCACCAGUGUCCACCACCACCGAAACCCCCAGAACCACCACCACCAGAACCUUAUAUACCACUACAAUUACCACCACCGCCACCAAUACGAGUUGAAGAGCCCCCACAACGAAAACAAGGCGGGGGACGAGGGGGAGGAGGGUAUAGUUGGUAUGUAGAAGAAUAUAUUCCACCACAAGUAAUAGAGGAAGGAGCAGAAGUCAAGAUACCAACAGAGGGUUAUAAAAUAGAACGUAGAUUUCCUAGUGGUGGAGGUCCUCCUAUUGAAAUUGUAUCUAGAGGACAAGGAGGACCAACUCCUGGACCAAUGGGACCAACUCCUGGACCAAUAGGACCAAUGGGACCACCAGGACCUAGGUUUCGUCUACCCUCACAAAUACGUCCUCGACCAGGACCAGGUAAUCGAAUGGUAUCUCGAAGUAAUGAUAUAUGGAAUAGACCAAUACCAGGUGUUGAUGAAGGUGUCCAGUUUGAUCAUAAUUGA